CGACAACGACAUCACACGACAAUACCACCUUCUAUCCUCUCUGCUGGACCUUGCUGUUGCGGAUAAACGAGCUGACGCAGAGAAGGAUUGAUGAAGUCGCUACGCCUGGAACGAUGGGCAAGCCAAUUGCAACACGCCCCUAGGAAUCCGCGGUUACGAUGCGUACAAACCUGUUCCUAUUCAUCAGCAUCAGCAGUACGAGUACCGAGGAGGGAAUUGCAAGCGCGGUAUCAGCAUCUGCAGACGCAAUGGCAGAAUCAGCGACGAGGCGAAACAACGAGGCGGAAAGCGAGCACAUCGGCAGCAGCAGAGCAGGUGCAACAAGAGGAGGCGCUAUAUGAGCCAUUCCGGGCUGACGGGCAGGCUGGAGCAGUGGGUGCAGGAGUUGGCAGCGAAUAUGAGAGUAGGGCGGAGCUGAACUUUCCAUCACAUCGCAAAGCCAUUAAGAGUGCGAAGCUGGCUGCAUUGCAUGCUCGACUAUCACUUCCUGCAAAAUUCCCACUUCAGACACUCGCGAGGUGUCUCAUCGAUCCGAGCGUGGACCCGCGAUCCGGAUACAAUAAUGCUCCCUUGGCGAUACUAGGGCAAGAGCUGUUGGGAUACCAUACGACGGAGUGGCUGGUCUGCAAAUACCCGCGACUGCCCAUGUCCAUCAUCAUGGCUGCGGCGUACGGAUAUGUGGGCAAUGCGACGCUGAACAGCAUCCGACUGGAAUGGGGUGUGGAAGCUGUGGCCGCGCCGGGUCCCGAAGUCGAUGCGGGAUUGCUGCAGUUGAAGAGGAUGACUCCUGGUAACGCCAUGGCAGAGGAUGGCAUGAGGAGAGUCAAAGACGUUGAGCAAGAGGAGUCUGGCAAGCGAUACCCACACAAGUCACUCAGUGGCAGGAUCGUUUACAACGACAUGUUCGGCGGCACAAAUGAGUUUCCCGCCUUCGAUACCAAGCCCUACCCCGGGGCUCCCUCUUCCACAUCUGUAGCGUCGGGGGCCGCAGCCUCUGAGCCCGAAGCAGAAGGCGGAGAAGAAGCUUCCUUCGAAUCUGUGCCCGUCGAGGAGCCCACAAAUGAAGACUUGGACACACAGCCUGUGACCCUUGAAGACGCCAGUGCUGGCUUCGUCCGCGCACUAGCCGGAGCACUAUAUCUUCACGCUGGAAGCUCUGCCGUCAGGGAUUUCCACAACGCACACAUUCUCUCUCGCCAUUUGCCGCUGCACAACAUGUUCAACUUCACACGUCCCACGCAGGAUCUGUCCAAGCUCUGCAACCUUCAAGGCUGGGAACCGCCGGUCGCAAGAUUGAUCUCCGAAACUGGACGACUUUCGCGAACGCCUGUCUUCGUGGUGGGCGUGUUCAGCGGCGACGAUAAACUCGGCGAGGGUGUUGGCGCCAGUCUGAACGAGGGACGAACAAGGGCCGCGGCGAACGCUUUGCGCAGCUGGUAUCUGUACAGCCCCAUGGAAAGCCAAAUCUGUUUCCCGAGUGAGGUGGAAGGCAGCCAGGCCGGGAAGAAAAAGAAGUGGAUUCCCCAAUAUGUGGAUCCUGGGGAGAUCGUGGCGUAGGUUUCUCGACAUGGCGAGGGAAACGAAACAAGGAAUGGACGCGUGUAUGUGUAUUUGAGGCAUGGCAUGGCAUUUGGGCGAGAAGAAAGCUGCUGGUCUCUGUUGCUACUACUAGACUCUGUUUGUGGAUAGGAAAGAGAGACGACUUCUUGUACAAACAGUAUAUACUUCCUUCGUCGCUCUGCUGGAGGCGGCUGCUUCUGCUUCGACGAAGUUAUUGUAGUGCAGGCCAUUUGCCUCCUUAGUGCGUGGGCUUGAGUGUGCUGAAUCGGUAGCAGAUGGAGUCAUCUGCGAGUGUAGCUUGAUCACCUUGCGUUGUUGGGUGAUGCGGCAAUCUAUAUGGCCAUCUUCGUCCGUGCCUGUCUGGCGUAUUGGUGCGUUAGAGGGG